GUUGGCAUCAACAUGGACGAAUCAUGGGAAAAAUGGUUUUCUGAUUUGGAAAUGGAUGAUGGGUGUGAUAUAUUCAAUGAACACGACAUUGUCUCUGCUGAGGAAGAGUUGAAACACAACAUUGGCAAUGCUUCAUGUUUGGAAGAGAACACAGGAAAUACUUCUUCAGAGAAACCAAUGUUUGCCUUCCACAAUCUCUCUUUUGAGGAUACAAUUGAAGUGCCAAAUAUUACUUCAAAAUCCAAGAGAAUAGAACCUGAGAAUGGAAAGUGCAAUAAGAGGGUAAGAAACAGUUCUGAGACCAAUGAUCAUGUAAUUGCUGAGAGGAAAAGGAGAGAGAAUCUCACCAGAUUGUUCAUUGCACUUUCGGCCAUUAUUCCUGGAUUGAAAAAGAUGGACAAGUUGUCUAUCCUCAACAACACUAUUGAUCGUGUGAAAUAUCUUCAAAAUCGUAUAAAAGUUUUGGAGGAAGAGAACCAAAAGAGAAGGAUGGAAUCAAUGACGACAUUAGCAAAUAAAAAACCUAAUGUUAAUGUUAGUGACAACUUUUUUGGGAUUUCUAAUGGCUUAGAUAGACCUAGCAAGACAUUCCCAACGGUUCAAGUAAGCAUCUCAACAAAAGAUGUAAUCAUCAAAGUUAUUUGUGACAAACGAAAUGGCAUUGUAAGGAAGUUAUUGGCCACGCUUGCAAUUCAUAACCUCUCCGUUGUUUGUAGCAAUGUUUUGCCAUUUGGGAGUUAUGCUCUAAACAUCUCCAUCAUUGCUAAGGUGGAUCGUCAAUUCAUCAUGACAAUGGACGACUACCUACUGAAAAAUCUAAAGGAGGAUCUGUUGAAGUGUUGUAUUUUGCAACAAUAAUUAAUGAAUCAUGUAAGCAUUAAUUGAAGUGUUGUAACAUGCAUUAGGGUUUAAUGAAUGAAGUAGGCAAUGUCUUAGCUAUUUUAUGUAUUUUUUAUUUAUUAUAAACUAAAAAAAAUACUUGUGCAUUACACAAAAUUUAUUUAA